UUUCUUUUUCCUUGUAUUGAAGCUAGGGUUCUUCCUACGGUGCAAGCUCUCUAGGGUUUUCCGAUCGGCAAGCAUUUAGCUUUGCUUCUGAGUCGUUUCGCAAUGCCUCGCCAUGAGUUAGAAAGCAGCACAAUGCAGGCGAAUGUUAGAACUUACUAUCAGCAAUUUGAGGAGCAGCAGACCCAGAGUUUAAUAGACCAGAGGAUCAAGGAACAUCUUGGUCAAGCUGCGGCUUUCCAGCAUGUUGGAGCUGCUUUCAAUCAACAUUUAAUGGCUCAGAGGCCUCGACUUCCUAAUAUGCCGAUCCCUGGGGCUGGUCCGUUACCUGUAAAUCAACCGAUGGUCCCAGGAAUGAGGCCCCCUGUUUUGGCAAGACCUGUUCCCGGUGCUCCUGGUUAUGCUCCCAUUCCAGGCAUGCCGCCGCCGAUGAUGGCACCACCUUGUGCUCCUUUGCCGGGACAAGUUAACAGCCUUCCACGACCUCCUACAUUGGCUACCCCAACGACAGUUGCUGCAACUGCGACGACACCCACUUCUUCUAAUGGAACCCCGGCCACGUCUGCACCGUAUCAGGCCAACAAUUGACAAUUAUAAGUCCAGAAUAUACACUCACUGCUCACAUCGCCAACUCCAAUUAGCCUUUGUGUCAACGACAAGAUCUUAUUCUCACUAACAGCUCGGGCCAUUUCAAUCGAACUCAUCAAAUCACAUGUACCAAAGUCAAUCAAAAUUAAUGGUUUCACCUAACCCAUCAACAUUAUACCAAACGUAAAGA